UCCCUUUUCAAGCUCUUUCCCGAGGUCGAGGAGGCUACAAUUACAUCGAUCAUUCAACAUGAGUUUCGCAGCUCUGACCUGUAUAAACUCGACCCACGUUAUCUUUACUAUAACGCAGAAUGGAAGACUUUGGAGCACAGCGGUACUGCUCCUGAGCACCCCAAUGAUUUGUCGUUGAAGGAGUGCAAGGCUCUCAGCUCCAUCAUUGUUCCUCUGUCCACCUACUUCUCCAUUCUCAUCACGCACAACCAGCCGACUGGGAAAUCUGCCUUGCUUGCAGUCCAGCUUUUCCGCUACAUUGUUCAUCUCGCGAGAAUUGCUUCCGAAUACGAGUGGCAUGCGGUCGUCUCAUACCAUAUGGCGUUCUUCACUAGACGACGACGCGAAAUGAUCCACGGCGACUACGGAGGAUGGGGGCGUGUUGACCUUGAGCUUCUUGGUGAGUAUCUUUUCCCUAACAGGAAAGCCAAG